AUGGCGGAAGCUCUAUUCAACACUCAGUUACCUUCAGGCUACGACGAGGAGUUUGUAUAUGAAGUUGAAGAUGAUUUUCUUUGCUUAAUUUGUCAGCUGCCGUUGAGAGAGCCUGUUCAAACAAUAUGCGGUCACAGAUUUUGCAAAGCAUGCCUCGAGGAACAUUUGAGAAGGUACGCCUAUCUGACUGAAUUCUCUUGAAUGUUGAAGGUUAAUAUAAAAGCUUUAUUUCCACUUCUAAGUGGAGCACUAUCUACAAACUCCCGCAUCGUGUUUCAGUAAACCACUAGUGUACGGACAUCCCAAUACGAAAAAACUCAGCGCUCAUUUACCAAGGUAAACAACCGUCGCCUCAGCUCAAGGAUUAAUUUUAUGGAGGCCAUGUCGUGUAUCAACUUUAGUAAGCUUAAAUAUAGGAGAAAGAAAAGCUGAUACAGUCGUGUUCUUUAGUGACCAGUUCAGUUAAGCUUGUUUUCUAUUGAUCAACUUUUGAUAGAUGGUUUUUCCUCUGUUGGAGACGGAUAAGUAGCCAUUUUUCGAUGUCAUUGAUCAGUUCAGGAAUGCGGACAAUCUGGUUUCACGUCAUUGAUCUAUGUAGCAAUCAAUGAUGGUUGCUAUUGCGUACUAACCUGUAGCCUUCCAGAGCAUAAUAGUUCACAGUAUAAUAGUCUUUAGUCUUAAACGUAGAGAGUUCUUACCUCUAGUUCAGUGCUACAAAAUAGUUUUUGGAAUAGAUAGCCUUCCUUUUUCGGACUUUUUUGAACUUACUAAGUGUAAUCGAACUAGAGCCAAUCAUGAUUAUAAGCUCUAUGUAAAAGUUGCCAUCAUAAAUUGCUACAAAUAUUCUUUCUUUUUACGGAUCGUUAAUGCGUGGAAUAACUUGCCUAAAGAUGUUGUACACGCAGGAUCGCUGACUUUAUUUCGCAACCGGGGUAUAUUAAGGAUUUAUCUAAAUAUUGAUUAUACGAUUGUAAAUAGGUUUAAUUAUGAUAUGUUUUUUAUUCUAGUUUUUAGGUUUUAGAUUUUUUUCUCUGUAUAUAAUGUUUUAGAUUCUAGAUUUUACCUUUUCAUCUUUUAUUUUGGGGAAUCUUUUAUAUAGGGUUGACCUCUAGAUAUCCCAUUUCGAGAGAUAUUUUGUAACUUUAGUUUUUACCUCUUGAAUAAAGUAUUGUAUUAUAUUGUAUUGUAUUAAUUUGUCAAAUGAAUUUACGCCGAAGCGGAUUCUAUACUCGGAAAGCCUUCGCUAAAUCGUUGAAAAUCUGCUAUAAGCCGUAGAAAGAAGUAUUGUAGCGGACGAAAAUAGCUGAAUGACUUUAUUUCGAGUUUCAGUCCAGGUCGAAUAGGACCUCAGCUGUAGAACAGAAAGGACCGUUAAGCUUCCCAAGUGGCGAAUCCCGAGCGAACCUUCUGCGUAGUUUAUGAAAAUUUUUUAUUAAUUUUUCAGAUACAAUGUGAUUGGCCUAAAGUUACACUUUCAACAUAUUUCCUAACACAGACUGUGUAUUGACAGCGCUUAACCAAUUUUUUUACAAGUAAUUUGCGUGUUAAUUUUUCAUCUAUUGAUUCAUAUUUUUAUUAAUCUAUUUAUUGAUUUAUUAUUAUUACUUCUUAAACUAAAAAAACAGACAAGAAGUUCAGAACCAGCCUUGCACCUGCCCAGCAGAUAGGGAAGGCCUGAACCGAGAUCAGCCGGUAAGUGACUAUCAUUUGACUCAGUUAAGUGUGUGAUGUUUUUUGGUAGUAUUUAUUAUUAAAGCUAACAUGCAAAUGACACUUACAAGGUAAAAUAAUCGAAACGAGCUGCCACUAAAUGAAACAAAAAAAAAAAAAAAAAACAUUAUUCAAAAAAAUUAACAUUGAAAAAAUGAGGAAAAUAAAAUAAAUAAUAAUAAAAAAAUAAAUAUAAAAAAAAAAAAAAAAAAAUAAUAAAAAAAAAAAAAAAAAAGAAAGAAAAAAUAAAAAAAAAAAAAAAAAUAAAAAAAACAAAAAAAUCAAAAAAAAAAAAAAAAAAAAAACUGUUGUUCAAAAUAUUUGCCAUUCAGGAAAUCGUGACAUUAAUCAUCAUCAUCAUCAUCCCUUUUACUUAAACAUGACAAGAUUGGGGUGAUGUAAGAAAAAUUACAACAUAGGGAGAUAAUAAAAAUAAGGAUAAAAUUACAUACAAUAUAAAACUACAAUAAAAAACUCUUUAAAGAUACAAUAUGUAUAAGAUUUAAGAUGAAUUUACAAUAUUAGCUAUCAAGCACCUAAGGAUAAUUUGCUACAGCUUUUAAAAAUAGAAUUAUAGUUAAAAACAGUAAAAUCAUCAUAUAUAUAGUGCCCGCCUAGGCAGCGACUGGACAGACUGUGCGCUAAAGUCAAGUUCCUAUAUAUGUAUAAGUCGUUCUUAAUUUCAGAAAAACAGUCCGUUAAUUCGACGAUGUGUGUCAUAAUUUCAUAUCCCAUUGUUUUGCAAUCUGCUAAUUCUGUAUUGCAUGCUUUAUAGUCUCUUUAUGUACCCAACUCUGAAAGCUUUUUUCUGCAGCCCCUCAGAGUAACUCGCCGGGUAUUUGACAAGAAGUCAAGACCCCUUUCAGGACAUGUGUUAACACGAAACGGUUCUUUGGGUCUACGCAACGAAAGAACUCUACGAAUCUUUUUUGAUUUUUUGAUUUUUUCGAAUCUUUUCUGAUUGAUCUUGAGCACUUCGUUUAACUGAUUUUGUUCCUUGAUGUACUUUAGGAUGUAUUUCCUGACAAGGCAACAGCGAGGAAAAUUUUGUCAAUGGUGAUCAAAUGCCCAAGUAACGGUUGCUCAUGGACUGGUGAGCUGAGAGACAAAGAGGUAAAAAAAUGAAUAUAUUAUUAUUUCCAAGGCACAAGUCUUUUCAAGCACGUCUUGUACUUAAAAGACACGAAAAUUUAAGCCUUCUUUCUAUGGUCUUAAACUGGUCCGCUUCGCGACUGAAAGUGUUGCGCACUAUGGUACGAGUUGACUAAGAUAUUCUACAUCUACAACUUACUUUAAUCUAUAAUGGUUUCACAUUACAUAGAAAUGGUAAUAUUACCAAAGAUGGUAAAACAAUGCGAAGGUCCAGUAGUGAAGAUAUUAACCACUAGCAGCUAUAACAAAAAUUUAAUGUGAUAACAAAAAUGUGCUCGUGGUAGCAAGGAUUCUGCUGUAUACGCCUGAAUCGUUGCUUUAGGACAGAUGUAACCCUCCUUUACAUCCAAUCUUACAACCCCGCCAUCCGGGAGUACACUUUCUGAAUGGUCGCUAAGCACGUAAACAAGAAAAAUGCUGGCAAACCACGUCUUUUUGUGAUUAAUGCUCUUCUACACUCACUUCGGCUACUCUUGCUGCAAGCUUCAGUGCUGUGGCAUUCUAUUGUUACCUUUAAUAAUGAUGCAAAGCCACCGCCAAAGUGAAUUUAGCGCGAAUUCAGUAUCACGAGUCCGACCCCGGCUAGGCGGGUUACCCCACCUUGAAACGUUUACAUGGCAAAAUUUGACCCCGGCUGAGAGGGUUACCCGGUCUGGCAGACCGGGCUACCCGCCUUAGCGGGUCACCCCACCUAUCAUCUAAACGUGAUCAAAUUAAAAUGAGAGAUUAUAUCGACAGGCGGGUUACCCCACCUUAGCAGGUUACCUCACCUACCUGGGGUCCCCCACCUCCAUGUAAACAGGCCCUUAGUCUUAAGUUUACAAACAAACAACCAAUCAGAAUGUGACACUUCUUUUCGCACGAGCGAGAUGAGCAUAUAUGAAUAUUCAACAUAAAAACCAAGCCUGAAGCGAGGGCUUCAAAAGAAAACAAAAACAACAAACAAAAAAUUUACAUAGGCUAAUUAGAACUAACUGUUGUUAAAUGAGUGGUGUCACCGCAAUGUCGACCGAAAGCACUAACUACAGUUAGGUAUGACAUCACGUAACGUGACACCAACUUAAGUUAAACUUUAGUUACGUCGUAGAUGUGACCGCAGCCAAUGUAUCCCUUCAAAAAAAUCCCCUCGGUAUGCAGUCAAACUUUCUCCAUACCGUUUUGCAUCAUAGUGAUGCAAAUCAGGGAACACAACCAAAACAGCGUAGCGUGCUAAUGACGUCGGAGUGAUUAAUUCGUAAUUUUUGUCUGAGUUUUGUCAUUUUUCUCAUUUUAAUGACAAAAGACAUACAAACGUGACAUUUUAGGGCCUGUUUACGUGGAGGUGGGGGACCCCAGGUAGGUGAGGUAACCCGCUUUGGUGGGGUAACCCCCUGUCCAUAUAAUCUCUCAUUUUACUUGGAUCACGCUUACAUGAUAGGUGGGGUGACCUAUUCUGGGUAACCGCUCUCACCCGGGGUCAAAUUUUGCCAUGUAAACGUUUCAAGGUGGGGUAACCCGCUUAGCCGGGGUCGGAUUCGGAAUACAUCAAAUUCGACCAAAACUCAUUUUGGCAGUGGCUUGGCAUCAUUAUUAAAGUUAACAAUAGAAAGCCAAGGCACUGAAGGUUGCAGCAAGAGUAGCACGUGAGUGUAGAAGAGCAUUAAUAGCCAAAACACGAGGUUUGCCAGCAUUUUUCUUGUUUACGUGCUUAGUGACCAUUCAAUAAUCUUGAAAAUGUGCACCCCUGGAUGGUGGGGUUAUAAGAUUACAUGUAAAGCGGGGUUAUUUCUUUACCCCACCUAAGCGGGAUACCUCACCUGCCUGGGGUCCCCCACUUCCAUGUAAACAGGCCCUUAAUGACAAAAGUCAGACAAAAGUGAGGAAUUCGCCAAUGUUAAACGAACAUUUGCGCAUAAACAAGAUUCAAUGACGAUUUUUGGAUUUUAAUCAAAAUUCAAUUAUAUUUUUAGGCAUUUAUUUGCGUCAUUCGGCAAAUAAUUUAUAAAAGAGAAAAAUAAACUUUCAUUAACGCCAACAUUCGAGUCAUUAACAUUAUCUUGAAAAUCACUAGCAAUCACAGUUUUAGAAUGGAUAAGACAAAAAUUGAUGCGCUUGUACAGUCAAUAAUUAAUCAGAGCGUUCUUUGCAUUUAAUAUACAAAAAUCUAUUUUCCAUUAAACAAUACCAAUUCCCCCCUGAAUUUGUUGAAGAGAAUCACGCCGUACUUCGCCACUGUGUGUUCGUCGACCACUGCGGCUGUAUAUAUUUACCCUAGACGGGCCAGAAGUCAUGGUGGGGGACGUCAGGGAUUUGAGGGCGUACCACCAAGUGUGCGGCCAACAAGGACGAAGCUUGACUAUGACCAUGGCAAUAUCACCUAUCAAAUAUUUCCUCGGUAGCUGCUGGAGUAAUGAAUGCUGUGUCGGUUUUUCGGUGACUUUCUGGCACGGGCAAGGAAUAAAAUGGAUCCCGGUCUUUGCGUAUGACGGAGUGCCAGCUCACCUAGAUUUGGCCAUUCCCCCCGCCCCACCCCAUACGUACACAGCUUAUGCUUCCCCCCUUGACAUCGUUGAAAAGGCUUUAAGUUGAAAGCGACACCUAAGACCUACCUCUCGAGUGCGGAAAUUCAAAGAUGUUCAGGUAUAACAGGAAUGAGGGCAAAGACCUAGCAAUCCCACUAGCGGAGUUCAGACACAUCAACUGCAGCGCUUGAAGCUCUGCGCAGAAACAUGUCACUUGCAGCUAAAUGUGCUAAGGGAUACCAUUUCAUGCAAACCUACCUCCCAAAAUGUUUAAAUAGAGAGUUUUUUGAGGGAUAUUCAAUUAACGGACUGAAAUUCAGGCCAAAUUUGUUUGAAUUUCGAUUGUUCACUUGAAAAUCAAUUUUUGUAUAUUAAAUGUAAAGAACACUCAAUUGAUUGUACAAGCGCAUUAAUGUUUGUCUUAUCUAUCCUAAGGUUGUCCAGGAAUUCUAUUGAAUUGCAAACAGUGCCAUGAAAAUGGUAAUGUAUGUCUGUUGUCCCUAUUGACUUCCAAGAUGGUGUUAAUGACUUUGAUGUUAGCAUUAAUGAAAGUAUAUUUUUCUCUUUUGUUAUGCUGAAUUAAAUGCAAAAAUCGUAGUUGAACCUGAUUUAUGCGCAAAUGUUCGUAUUUUGACGCUAAUGAAUGCAUCUUCGCACCAUUGGUCACCGUUUAACGCAAAAUGAUUGCGUAUUUUCUCGUUAUGAACAGCGAACGGUAUAUAAGUGAUGCAGACAAUUUUCAGCCAUUUGUUAACAAAAACAAAAGGAAUUUUAUCUUAUUUUCCCCAAUGACGUCGAAACUGAGACCCCCUUCCCUUUGUUAGUUUGGAACGCAAUCACUCUUUUGAUUCUCAUAUUUGUUGUUUUAAACAGGCUCACCUGAAAGCUUGCCCUUUCAAAAUUAUUACUUGUACCAACGAACAUUGUCUUGUGACCGUGAAAAGGAAAGACCUCGAACAACACGUGACAAACACGUGCCAGUGGAGGAUCAUAGAAUGUGAAUACUGUGAAGAAACACACCCAAAGAGGCACUUACAGGUAAACAAUCCUGUCUGGCCCUACAGCUAGCAUUGAUUUUACAGUGGGCCGCGCCUGACCAUGGCCGAACCAAUGGUUUUUGUUUCCCUUUAUAGCCAAUGCAAGGAGCUACAUGCAGUGGAAGCUCUCGUAAGUGGAGACCCUCGGGACGCGAAAAAGGUGUCCUUUACUGGAGCCGACCGCUUAAAGGCGAUGUUACACGGGACGAUUCGCAACGACGGUUUUUAGCGCAACACAACGUUGCAAUGCUGGAACAAUGUUGUAACCAUUAGGAACAAUGUCGCAACAAUGUUGCAACGCAGUGUUGCGCUAAAAAUCGUCGUUGCAAAUAGUCGUCUCGUGUAACAUCACCUUAAGCGAAUGGUUCUCCUAAGUGGCCACUGGAGCCAGGUUAAAUGCCCGGGGGGGAGGGGUACUCCCUUAUAUAACCCAUAUAGGUAAGUGCCACCCCAAAGGGUAGGGGUUUUGCGCCGUUUUGGUCUGAAACCGGUUAAAUAUUUUGCCCAUUUUGGUCCAGACGUUUCGGGACUGGCCCUUCAUUAGUGGAGUUACAAAGUGCGUGGGAAACUUUCCCACGUACUUUUUUACUUCACUGAUGAAGGGCCAGGCCCGAAACGUAUGGAGAAAAACUCAACCAAAACACGGCACUUUUGUUCAUUAUUUUUCUUUUUUUGUUGUUGUUGAACAUUCCCUGAAGUUAAUUAUGUAUUUUUGCAAUUUUUUUCUGAUAACUACACUGAUAAGUUCUUCAGAGGGUAUCAUUUGUCUCUUUGCAGGAUCACUUGAAAACCUGCAGCAAGUUUCCCUUUCCUUGCCCUAACAGCUGUCGUGAAUCAGUUACUAGAGAAAUGGUAGAUGUAACUGUAUUUUAUCGUAAUAAGAGUAUUUUAUCAAUAAUACAAAAAAUAUAUAUUUUUUACCGAACCGAGUCGAUAAGAGAGAAUUUAAUACCGUAUAACAUUCAAUCAAUACCAUAAAAUUCCGAAAAUAAGCCCCCCAAACCGGUAACGCAAAAAACCCUCCGUUAAAUCGCCCCUCCAAAUAUAAGCCCCCCAGGGGUUUGUACUUGGAAAAUUGCCCUCAAAUACAAAGUAAAACAAAGCAAAAACGGUAAAUUUACUCGGCUUCCAACUAAAGGCUAGCCGUAGAUAAGCCCCUCCGAAUAUAAGCCCCUCCAAAAAUAAGCCCCUAAAAAAGGGCCUUUGAAAACUAUAAGGCCCGGAGCUUAUUUUCGGAAUUUUACGGUAAUUCGUCAACAAUAGAUCAAAAGUAGACCGUUGAGAAUGUGGAGUUUUAUAAACUAAUAAAACAGAUGUUAAACGUACAACAUGCCGAGUAACAUGCGUUGGAGUUAGACACAACAAAUUCUGGCAACCCUAAGAAAGGGAGAAAGGAUGGAUAAAAUCCGCCCCGUUUUUCAGAUCCUGAAUUUGUCUCAUAACGUCACAUAUGAACCUUCGUGAUCAGUGGAACCGGGGUGUGCAAAAGAAAUUUAGACUUGAAAAUUUAUAAUAAACUCUCAUUUUGUUCAAAACGCAAAUCUUUUUCCAAGAAGUUCUUGUAGUAAUGUGUCCUUUCAGUUAACAAUUAAGAUAAAAUUUCUUACAACUGGAAUAUAUCUAUGUUAGGAAGAUAAUUACCGUUUCGGUUGUGAGUUGACCUUCUUUAUAAUUCUUUUUAGAUUCCAAAUCAUAUUGAAGACCACUGCCCUUUGACAUUAGUUUCCUGUCCGUAUGCGAAGAUGGGAUGCAUCAAAAAGGUUUGUUCUUUCGAAGAUAACACUCUGACUUAGUGAAUUGGAUAUAUGACGUAUCCACUUAGAAGAGUUAUUACGCACCAGUUGUUGCACUCUCAACAGGUUUAUUCAAUACACUGUAAACUUCUCAGUACACAGUUAAAACACCGCGGAAGACUCCGAGAGAAAGAGAGUAAAAAAAAAUCUGGUUACAUUUUCUGCUCUAUCUUGGUGGUCCCUAGUUUAAUGCCGCGUGGUCGUUAAUUGACACCUCACGUCGUAAAAAUACCGCUAUUUUAACAUGUCCACGCAGUAACGCUCUAGCUUUGGGCGGAAUGAGAAACGCUUAGCAACUGCAAACAUACUCAUUAAUAUUGUAAAUGAGCAUAGUGAGUCGAGCACCGUCCUUCCUCCUUUCCAUACCGUUUGCCUGUGACACCACGGCACGCAAGUUUCAGCAACGUUUCUAUCUACCAUAUCAGACAUUUAGACAAACUCCUAGCCAAGACAAACUUUUAAGAUGUAAAGAGGUAAGGCUAAAAUCGAGAUUCUUUAACCCUCUUUGAUCACCCUGGUGGCUAAACACGUUAUGAAAACAUUUACGGUUUUUACUUCUUCGGCCAUGGUUGAUCACAUUAUUUUAUACCACUUUCCACAACAACACUUUGCAAAAUGACUGGGUAUGACUUGCAAUUGCAUCUGAAGUACAGAAAUAGAAUUUGAAAUGAAAUAAGUUAAAUAGAAUAUUGUUUAUGCACAAAAAUGUUUUUAAGUUGCUCGUGAGUUCUACAGGUUCUUACACCGAGGAUGAGCUAAAUUUUCCUUGGCAAAAUAAUCUAAUUUUACAGAAAAAGGUGUCUGGCGUAGACAAGGUUGUGAAUUUCAAGGACUUUUCAAGACCAAAUAAAGAAAUUAAAUACUUUUCAAGGACCCAAACCGGGAAUUCAAGGAUUUUCUAAGACGGCUAAGACCUUUUCAAGAUUUUUCAAACCAUGUUAUACACUGUAUGUCCUUUUUCUGCAGGUUAAGCGCAAAAACUUGGAUUUGCAUCUUCAAAAAGCCAUGCGAGAGCAUCUCAACUUUGCUUGUGAUAAACUCAACAGUACGCAGGUUCUGUUGGGUGAAACACGAGUACAGUUGAAAGAAACCCAAGUGGAAUUGAAAUUAAUGAAGGAUCAAGUACGUGAAACGCAAGACACAACAAGAAAUUUGGUGGAAAAAUUAGGCAUGCUUCAAAGGCAUUUUGGGCUGAAAUUGAGUACAGAUAAGGAAGAAGGCAACACCCGAUAUGUUUGGAAGAUUGACAAAUUCCGUGAUAUUCUGAAGCAAGCGAAAGCAGGAGAGAAGGAGACGAUAGAAAGUGAUCCAUUCUACACUGCAUGUUACGGUUACAAAUUAAAAGUGUCAGUUAUUCCUCAUUUUGCCGGAUAUUUUACACAUUUGCCUAGCCGUAGGUCUCCUCAUCUCUCGGUCGCAAUUUUUUUAAUGGAAGGUGAAUAUGAUAACAUGUUACCCUGGCCUUUUAGAAAGAAAAUAACGUUCACUUUGAUUGAUCAACAUGAAGAUUUGAAACAACGAAAUAACGUUGUAGAUUAUUUAAGUGCAAGGAGACAAGGUCCUUUCAAUAACUUGUUUUUGAAAAGACCCGGGCAAGCAAAUUUAUGUAAGGGAGGAAUACCUUUAUUCAUUUCUCACAAGGUACUUCAAACAAGGCGCUACAUUGUAAAUGACACUGUGUUUCUUCAGGUGGAUGUAGGCCCUGAUGAAUAGUUAUUUUCUUACUCCGUUAUUGUUCAGUUUUGAUUUUAAGGCCGUUUAUUUUCGGCCUCCGACGAAGUCGGAGUCGGUAGAAUCCCCACUAACAUCUGGGACUGUGACAGGCUAGAGCCACAUUUGAGCUUUCAUCAGUUGCAGGACUUUGUUUCCUUUGAGUUUAGCCUAGACCCAUGGGGGGAGGACCGCGCGGAGAAAACUUUCAGAAAACCUUUUGCAAAGCCUUGAACACUUCUUAUCGCUUCAGCCGCCACCUGUCCUUUCAGUAUUUCAAAAUUGACUGCAGCACUCUUUGACGACCGUUUUGUUGUUUUCACCUCAUGUAUGCUUCACUAGUAAUGUCAGGGCAAAUAAUGGCAAAACACUAACCCACACCCUGACGAGAAAUUUUUCGUCGAUGCCAGUACCCUGGGAUAUUUACGUGAUGAUCAAGUUGAGUUCGGGUUCUUGCUACCAACUCCGACUCCGUUCACCGUAUGACUUCUCUCACGAAUACGACUCCAUCGCUGAUAAUAACUACAAAAAAAUGAUAAUUUUUCUUUCUGAUGCAUCCACAGCUAUGUAAUGGACACUGUAGCUCUUCUACUAAGUGUGCGUUUUUUUUGGAGUCAGAAUCCAAAAAUGGAUUUGUGAUCUCAGAUUAUAUGGAUUCUUCACUACCAAAAAAAACGGAAGAUCCGAAAAAGGAUCAUUUACCAUGACAACGGCAUGUCUUUGUGCUCCUCGUGAACGUACGUACAUAAGCACAAAAAAACAUGACUAGUACGGGUGUAAAAACGGUAUACGAAUGUAAAUAGAUGACAAACAUGAAAUGAUAUAUGUAAUUAAUGGCUCAAAGUUAAGGCGUCACUAACAUAGAUUCAGUUAGGAUGUCAUACGCUUACGGCAUUUGUUGUGAACUAUUCUUGUUCGGAAAACCGCGUGUCAAAAAUAUUUUUUUCAAAUUCUUUCCCAAAAAAACGCUCAGAUUGUGAAUCUCAAAAAUCCGGAUUUGGAUUUGAUCCGAAGAAUCCACCCAGAGAAUCAUGGAUUCAUGAUUCGUUUUUGGAUUUGCCCCCCAAAACACAAAAUCCGUUUUUGGAUUUUCCCAAAAAGCGCGCUCUGCUUAUUCGAUGCGAUUACAGUUUCUAUGGAGACUGUAAUAAUUAUGCUUUCGAUAGUAAGUUAAAGUAAAUAAAUCGGUGAGUGAUUGAGUGAAUAGUGAGUGUGUAUAAAGUAAGUAAGUAAGUAAGUAAGUAAGUAACUGGCUAGGUUGUUAGGUGGGUAGGUGAAUAAGUAAGUAAGUAUAAGUAAGAAGGUAUUAAGUAAGUUAGUACGAAGUACAUUAAGAGCAAACGGGAUACGGGGACCGAGGACCGAGGACGGAGAACAGGAAAAUAGAAAAUGGGAACAACACAGAGAAUUAAAAUUGAAGUUACGGAUAGCGCUAAGGCUACCCGUUUUAUUACUGAACAUUCGACCAAAAGGAAACCACUGUAUGACUCAGUUCGUAAACAAGGCGAGUCUAUCAAUUUCUUGUCAUUGCAUGUCAUUAUACCAGUUGAUACUCUCUAGUUAGUCAAACUAAAGAAAUUGUGCAAGAAGGGGUAACUAUUAUCAUCGGCCGUGAUAUCCAAGAAAUUGUCAAGUUUAUCUUAUAGGAACUAAGUUCCCUUUUAGACAAUUACAGUGUAAUAACCGGCGAUAAAAUAAUCCAUCAUUCAAAAAACACGAUAACACAUAAGAAUUAAAAUUAUAUCAGUUAUGAAUGUAAUUCUCAAGAUUAAAAAUUUAAAGUGUAAGAACUAAGAAUUAAUGGCUAAUUACACAAAAAAUCAACCAGUAAAUAGAGGAGCCCACACUGAGCGUAAACCCCAACAGUAAGAAGGUAUAGAGCGCUAACCAUUUAUUUAAUAAAUAGAACUGCUAACCAUUUAUUUAAUAAAUAGAAUUUUUGGUGGACUUUUUUCGGACAAAUGAUUGCUUGAAGUUUACAGUAUCUCAGUUUCCAAAGGAGAUACUUUUAAGGCUCGUCAGGGUAGUGCCAACAGAUGCGCAAACGUCAAGAUAGUGGCUGCGGUCACAUCUGGGCUACUAACUAUAGUUAAGACGGGGAUAACUAUAGUUAGAUAUUUCGGUAAUGUGACCGCUUCUCUGUUCAUUCUAACUACAGUUAGAAAAUUUACGCCUCGGUGAUCCAAAACAACACAGACUAAGUAUAGUUAUACCCAAGCAGGGUUCGUGGGUUAGGGCCUGUUUACAUGGAUCAGGUGGGGGACCCCAGGUAGGUGAGGUAACCCGCUUUGUGGGUAACCCGCCUGUCCACAUAAUCUCUCAUUUUAAUUUGAUCAUGUUUACAAUGAUAGGUGGGGUGACCCGCCGCAUAUUACCUCACCUAUCUGGGGUCCCCCACCUCCAAGUAAACAGGCCCUUAGUCUUAAGAUAACAAACAAACAACCAAUCAGAAUGUGACAUUUCUUUUCGCACGUGCGAGAUGAGCAUAUAUAAAUAUGCAAAGUAUAAACCAAACGUGAAACGAGGGGGAAACCAAAAACAACAAACAAAAAAUUUACAUAGGCUAAUUAGAACUAACUGUUGUUAAAUGAGUGGUAUGACCGCAAUGUCGACCGAAAGCACUAACUACAGUUAGGUUUGACAUCACGUAACUUAACACUAACUUAAGUUAAACUUUAGUUACGUCGUAGCAGUGACCGCAGCCAGAAUCUGUUUAACGAAUAGAUUCCAUGUUGCCCUGGGUCUGUUCAGUUACAGAUCACUCAUGACGUCAAAUGUAGUAAAAAGAAAGAGGUGGCACACGAGCCGCACGCGAGUAUGUCACUGAUGUUCUUACUACAUUUUGACGUCUUCUGUGAUCUAUUACAGAACAGACACGCGGCAACAUGGAAUCUAUGUGAAGAGAAGAAAAAGCGACAUACUUACCUCGUAUCGCUUGACUGUUCCAGGAUUUGUGCCAUUCUGGACUUUUUUGAAGUUUUAGACGCUACUUUCGUCUCUGCUCCUUCUUUUCUUCUUUAUCUUACUUGAAUACAGUUUCUCAGAAAAGAUUUUCAUUGCCCUCACUUGCUCAAAGCACAAUAAUGGCGAAAACAUUUUCAAAAUUGCGAUUCUCUCGUAGAGAUGACACACGAUGGCAACUGCUGUGAAGAUCAGUUCUUCCAGUUCAGGGAUUAUAAAGUCGUCAAGACCUCUUUCUGCCUCGGUUUUUCCAUUUGUCUUCUCUGUAAACAACUCCCGCUAAACGUUUUUCGCGGCCUUCACUUGCCUAAUCCGAAAUAAGACUAAAUAAUCUCGCAAACAUUUUCGGCAAAACCGCGUGCCAGUGGUGCCAGUUUAACAAAACAAAAGAAACUAUUCUCACUGCAUAUAUAAUGAGCGUGUCUCGCAAACAUGCCUGCAUUCUUCUGAUCCCAAGGGUUUUUGUCAAUUGGGGUCAAUUAUGAUCCUUUGCGCAGCUGUGUGAAAUCUCGCAUUUUGACGGGAUGCUCUUUUCGCCCCUCCCACCUCCCCUGGUGGCGUUGUCUGCAUCACCAGCCCUUGCUGCAUAUCUUUUGGCAGGGCAGUCUCGGAUUCGUCCCUUAGUUUGUGGCGAUGCGACGAUAGAUAUGCAGUGAGGAUAAAGUACAAGUUUCCCGAGGCAAACGUCAUCCAUGUGCCUGUACUCUAAUAGAUCAUGGGCAACCACAUUGUAUAAACAUAACGAAAGUGCCAAAGUAAUGUAUAACAGUGCAAUAUUGCUGUUACUGUACGUUGUGGUUUAAGAUAUUAGAAAGAUACGAGAAGACCCGCCUUAUCCUAGUGUUACUGUGCUUUAUUGCGCGCGAAAAUAGAGGUUGGCUCUCCAUAUUCUCAACAAGCCUGAUAGACUACUCACCCCACCACCCCUGAAAAAUUUCUUAAGUCUCUCUUGUAGCUAGAGGUUAAAUUCGAUUCGAGGUCACUUAAACAUAGAUUGUGACACACUUAAACACAGAUUGUGACCAGGGUUUCGCUUUCGCAAUAGCCCGCAGAAGUAGAUUGGCGCAACAUGGCGGAAGCUCCACGCAACAGUCAGUUACCUUCAGGUUUUGACGAGGAGUUUGUGUAUGAAGUUGAAGAUGACUUUCUUUGCUUAAUUUGUCAACUGGCAUUGAAGGAGCCUGUACUUACAAGAUGUGGUCACAGAUUUUGUAAUGCAUGCCUUGAUGAACAUUUGAGAAGGUAUACGCAUUAGCGACUGAAUUCUAUUGAAUGUUGAGUGUUGAAAUAACUUUGACCCAAAAGUUUGCCAGCCUUAAAGUAAAGUACGAACUCCGGCACUGUGUUCCAGUAAAAACACCUGGACGUCUCGUCAACGAAAAAGCGAUCGAACUUCAUUUACUGAGGCAGAAGACGGUCGAUUUAGCUUAGUAGAUUUAUUGAUCGAAGACAAUGUUAUUCAGUUGAUUCAACUUAAAUUUUUCAAUAGGGGACUAGAAAGCAAGCUGAAAAAUCUGUAUUGACAAAUUCGUGCCAGUUUAGUGAUUACUCUAGACAUGUUAUUGGCAUAGUAAUCAGUUAAGUUUGUUUUCUAUUUAUUAUCAACUUUUGAAAUGACAAAAUGUUUUUCUUUUCCUCUGUUUAGAGAUGAGUAGCCAUUGUUCGCUGUCAUAAUGCGGAUAAUCUAGUUUCACAUGAUCGAUAGGUUGCUCUUGCGUAACCUGGCCUUCUGGCUUCCGUGUAGACGUCUCUUAUUUUCUUGGAAACAAAUUGAAGAUCAAAGGAAAGAGAUCUUCUGCACGCGAGCUACUGGUCUUCCAAUAAAUGGAGCAUAAAAGUUUUUCAAUAUUUUAAAUGCUUUACGCGCUACUGUGGAUUUUAAAUAUAUGCUCGAACAGCCUGUGCUAAGUCGUUAAAUAUCAGUUAUUUAACAAUUAAUGAAUGAGAAUGAGUGUUGCAUGAAGAAUUAUGGAGAUCGAGGAGGUCGAGGCCGUUUUAUAGGCCGAGGCGGAUAACACCCUCCUCGAUCUCCAUAAUUCUUCAUAUGAUACGAAAGCCGGAUUCAAUAAUUGUUUUAUUAUUCAUUCAAAAUAAUUCCUAGUUUAAAAACAAAGCUAAAACAUGCUUACCUCCAUCGAUGUUAAGUUCACCUUCGAUAGUGCACGUUUAGGGUUGUUCAGCUCCGCAAAUAUUCUCCAAAUAGCAGAUGUCGGCCUUUGAGUAUUUGAGUUGUGUUGUUGCUGUUCUUGUCAUGUUUUUAGCUAUAAUUUCACCUAGUUCUUACUCUUGAAACGAGUGAAAUGUCCGCCAUUUUUUGUUUUCACAACCAAAACAACUCAACCUUGUGCACAGGUCUUCUCGGUUAACAGUGCAUUAACCUGCAAGAACGCUGUAUUUUUGACGUCUUUUCCCCGUUAAACACAAAAUUCUUCCAAAUUUGGUCAUCAGUAAAUGUUUAUGGUGAAUUAUGCGUGUGCUUUUAGCCAAUCAGAAUCGGGGAAAUAUUUUGAAUGAAUAAUAAUCUAUUUUAUGUCUAAUAGGAGAGAAACCUUGAAGUGUUAGUAGUCAACCUUGAGAGCUAAGCUUCACAAAAUUUGUUUGUAUCGAUGUGAUUGGAAUUUAUGCGUGAGCUUUAAUGUAUUUAAAAGGGAACACUGGUCUCUGAACAAACGCUUAAACCAUAUUUGAAAUUAAUUGCUUUUAGACACAUUUUACACUUUCAACACACCAGCUCCUAACGAAGAUGGUGUAUUUACCGCUUUUCAACUGUUAUUUGUUUAUUUAUUCAGACAAGAAGCUCAGAACCAGCCUUAUACUUGUCCCGCAGAUUGGAAAGGCCUGGACCGAGACCGGGUAAAUCACUUUCAUUUACCUUGUAACCUCUUUGUUUAUUGCGUUUUGGUCUUGUCUAUUAUAUUUAUUUAUUUAUUUAUUCAUUUAAGGCUUGAACGCAAAAUGAAGCAUACAGGGUAAAAAACAAUAUGAAACGAACUGCUAUCAAGUGAUAAAACACGAUAUCUUUGAGCUUUUAGAACAAGACAGUCGCAUCCACCCAUUGAAAUUUUUUAUCCAUGAAAAUGUGAGAUUUAUCUCAAGUACUAAUAACUGUCUUCAUCAUCAUCACCAUGCAUCAUCAUCCUCAUCAUCAUUGUUUUCAUCAUCACCAUCAACAUAAAGGUCUUACGUUCUAAUCAAGCGUUGGCUAAAGAAAUAUAUAAAAAAAACCGUCCUUUGAGUCGAAGACAGUUCAAAGAGGCACCUAUUUACAGAGGUUUUUAAACCCCUCUGUGUUUACACGUUUUCCACAGUUCCCAUGAUCCUUUUCUUAAUUAACACUUAAAGAUUCAUAUUGGACUGAUCAUGAGCACUACGUUUAAUAUUCUUUCUAAUUGAACUGUAGGAUGUAUUUCCUGACAACGCAACAGGGAGGAAAAUUUUGUCAAUGGUGAUCAAAUGCCCAAGUGACGGUUGUUCGUGGACUGGUGAGCUGAGAGACAAAGAGGUAAAACUGGCCAAAACAAAAAUUAUAUCCAAGGCGCGGUGGAUAACAUGAUCAUUUUCAAAUUGAGUAGGCCCCAGUCUCUUUCAACCACCUUUGAAACUGAAUAAAUCAAGUAUUUUACUUGUGGCGUUACGUUGCUACGCGUCCUGAUGACUAAAAGUGUGGAGGGGUAAUAGCUCAGAUUCGUAAAGCCAGUUUUGGCAUGUCAAGUCUUCCUGUUUAAUUGCGCCAGAAUCGUUUUCAGGACAGAUGAUUCAGUUAAAUUGCAACACGACAAAGUAGACUUUUUACCAGGGCUUUUCGUCACGCCUUGUGCACAAAUAGACCUUUUCAGCUUGUAUGUUUUGUUUUCCCAUUUCAGGCCACGUGAUGAUACCCCAGAGAACUGUUUCUUUCGAAUGUUAUCAUAUGAUGCACAGGAGAGAAUGAGCUAGGUCAUUCUGUCUUGGUAUGCAUAAUUUAUGAAAAGACAUAAUACAUUCAUUUGAGUGUCAAAAGUGACACAGACUAUUCUCAAUUAUUCAUUAACGAAAAUCCCCAUGAAUGUCAGCUAAUUUCUUAACUGGCGUCGAAACUAAGACAUUUGGUAGUUCGGAGAUCACUUCUUCUCUAGAAGUGAUCUUUCAAUUCUCACAAGUUGUUAUUAUUAAUAACAGGCUCACCUGGAGGUUUGCCUCUUCAAAAUUAUUACUUGUAUCAACGAAAAUUGCCAUGUGACCGUGAAAAGAAAAGACCUCCUACAACACUUUGCAAACACGUGCGAAUGGACAAUCAUAGGAUGUGAAUACUGUGAAGACCUAUACCCAAAGAAGCACUUGCAGGUAAGUGGUCUCCCACGCAGACGUUUUUAGGGGUUCGUCACGCAUGCACGCAUGGUAAGCAGGAAUUGUUAGAAAUAACACGACUUUCUUUUUCAACCGCUCCGCCACAGUUUUUGUGGCUACUACCUCCCUUUAGGGAACGUAAUCAUCUCUAGUUUUUUUUUGUUUUGUUGUUGUUGUUUUUUAAAUAUGUGCCUUCCAGAGCAAAGAUAGCAUAUUUAUGGAUAAACAAUCUGAAUUAUCGUUUCCUACAAUUUACAUUCCUACAUUUAUAUUCUACAAAACUAAAACAGUAGACAACGGGAUGCCUCUUUCGUUUGAUCUUGACUUAGAUGUGUGAGCAGAAACUUUUCCCUUAUUGUACUGAAUACUGCAAGCUUUUCCUCGGCUUACCAGUGCCUGAAAAAAAGACGUCUUUCAGUUUCAGUGAAAAAGAAUAGGAACAACUGACAACGGUCCUAUUCUGGACUACGUUCACCCGGACGAUCAUACUCAACCUUGUUAUGAAACGACUCCUGGGUUGAAACCUUUCACUGAAAAAGAAUAAGUUAUAUAUUUGUGUUUUUUCAGGAUCACUUGGAAAAGUGCAGUAAGAUUCUACUUCCUUGCCCUAAUAAAUGUGGAGAUAUAAUUUCUAGAGAAAUGGUAAAUGAAUUUCAUUGUAGUUUAAGUGACGUCAUCAAGGAUCGGAGUAUCAAUUCAUCCCACGGUUUCAACCUUGCGGGUAAGGCUGUCGGUUGUUUGUCUUGGCAAUUGCUUGUUUUAAAAAGUUUGAAUAGAUUUCCCUUUUAAAUAGACAACCAAAACCUCAACGCGAGUAAAUAAAUAUUACAAAUUAUAUGUGAGCUACGGCGGAAACAAAUCGAUAUGGUCGUGGCCCUUGAGGCGUUGUGCCGAUUACAUGUACAUGACCGCAGUGACUGCAAAAAAAUACUGGGAUAAAUGUAGAAAAUGUAGGCUUGAUAGGGAAUAGGAACCUGAACUUUAGAACCCUUUUCUUCUGUCCUGAGGGGCAGUCAGUCGGGUCGAGAGAAAACGCGACGAGAAGAGCCCUUUCCGCCAGUGCUUGAAACCGUUUUUCUCGAAGACGAGUAUUUGAUCAGAAAAGGCCAUGCUAUGCACUGGGUCUUGAGGGAGUCAGUUCGCUGAUUUAAUUUUAUCAUUUUCUUUUAGAUUCCAAAUCACAUUGAUAACGACUGUCCUUUGUCCUUAGUCUCCUGUCCAUAUGCUCAAAUGGGAUGCAUUGAAAAGGUUUGUUGUUGAUCAUUAAAUACAAUAAUGAAAUUAAUGAAUAUAUCACAGAUUUAAAAUUGAGUAACAACGAUCUGCUAAAGAUUUCACUUCCGACCGUUUAUUUGUUAUCAGGAGCCGUCUUUUAGUUCUUUCACCACUGAUUACUGAUCUCCACCCACCCUGAGCACUUAAGCCAAUUACUAACCAAAAACAAAAAUUUAUAUGCCAUAAGACUCCAAAAUUUAUAAUCUAUUUUCUAAGAUGAUUUGUCUUGUUUUUUCAGUUUCAUCGCAAAAACGCGGAUUCGCAUCUUGAGUCAGCCAUGCGAGAGCAUCUUGAAUUUGCCUGUGUUAAACUUAACAACACACAGGUUCAGUUGAAUGAGCAAAGAGUUCAAUUAGAUGAAACACGAGUUCAGUUGGAUGAGACACGAGUUCAGUUAGAUGAAACAGGAGUUGAUUUGGAUGAAACACGAGUUUUGUUGAAUGACACACGAGUUCAGUUAGCAGAAACACAAGCCAAAUUUAGCUUGUUAGCCGUUAAAGAUGAUGGCAAAAAAAGUUAUAUUUGGAAGAUUACAUCGCUCAGUGAACGUUGGAGGCAAGUAUUAAAGGCGGGAAAGAUAGAAAGUGAUCCAUUCUACACUGGACUUUAUGGCUACAAAUUAAAAGUGUUUGCCAGUCCUUGCUUUUUGGAAUACCCACCUAAUGAUCCGCAACUCUUGAUCCGUUUCGGUAUUGUUUUAAUGGAAGGUGAAUAUGAUGACAUAUUACCCUGGCCUUUCAGCAGGAAAAUAACGUUCACAAUAAUCGAUCAAAAUGAGGAUCUCAAAAAAAGGCAAAACUAUAUUUAUUAUUUAAGCCCAAGAAAACUGACAUGCUUUGAUGACACGAUAUUCUCAGAAAGACCAGGAAAAAACAUGAAGGAAGUUGAAAGUGAGCUACCGUUUUUGAUAACUCAGGAGACACUUAAAUCAAGGCGAUACAUUGUAAAUGACACUCUGUUUUUUCAGGUCGAUGUGGAUCCUGAUCAUGAUGACUAG